AAAUGGGAGUAGUACUGCGGAACCUCCAGAAGGUGGUGCCUCUUCGCCGCGCCAGGCUGCGCAGGGAUGUUGACAUGCUAAGACAUAUAUUGGGCGUUCAGAAAUUCGACCUGGGCAUCGUUUGCGUGGACAACCGAAAGAUUCAGCAAAUAAAUAGCAUAUACAGAAAGAAAAAUGUGCCUACGGAUGUUCUCUCAUUUCCUUUCUACGAGGACCUGAGACCCGGUAAGCUGCCUUGCCCCCUUCACAGAGAUGAGCUGAACCUUGGGGACAUUUUCUUGGGAGUGGAAUUUGUGAUGAAGCAGUGUCAGGAGGAGUCUGUAGAUCUGUACGGAGCCCUCACUGUUAUCACUGCACAUGGCAUCUGUCACCUGCUGGGCUACAGACAUGAGACUGAGGACGAAUGGACUGAGAUGCUGCAGAAGGAAAAGUACGUUCUGAGUGAGUACAACAGACUCACAGGAAGUCAUCUGGAGCCGCUGACCAAGAAAUGCACUCAGGACAGGUGACAACGGAGCUCACCUGUUGGCUUUACACUUGCAUUUGGUGCACCACGGUGGGAGUUCGCCGUCCGAUGAUCAGGUGGACUGCUAUUUGAAUAAAGUAGUUUUAUUAAUCCCCCCCCCCCUUUUACAAACACACAUUGGAUGCUGCCUUCUCCACAACCACGGUUAUUUGCAGCUACUGUUUUAAAAGGACUUUUAUCAACUGGCAGCAGACCUGUUUGGUUGCGGGUGUCCUUUUCAAACACUGGAUGUUAGUUAAACAUUGAAUAAAGAAAAGUCAGUUCAUGUUGUAA